UUGGAUUAAGAUCCAGUGUUUGCGCCGAUUGCCACUUUGAAAUCAGCGGUGUGAACGACAGCGGUGUCAAAAUUGCACUCCAGAAGCGGUAUCGAGUGCAGACGUGCCCUGCACAUCACUUAAGAGACUUUGCUAUUUCUUUGCCCCUUUUCUUCUAAGAUGCCAAGACUUCCAUCAGCAUCAACACCCUCAGUCUACAACCGAGAGGGCUGCUCGUUUGGAAGGACGCCCGACCGCAGUCGUUCUCAUCUGCAAGUUCAAUCCGAUCAAUUGUGACAAAGGCUGUCAGCGUCGGAAUAAGAAAUCGAUACUCGAGACGUUCUUCUGGAAUUUUAACGAUCCGUUUUCCUCAAGCGAAGCGCGCGUGGAGAGCGCGGGGUCCUCCUCGCACUUUCAGAUGUUCGCGGUGUUUAUGGUGACAGAUUAUUGUUGUUGAGUGUCCAUGCGAGACUUGGGGUGGAAAAAUGUCUGGCCACUUCUCUGAGAGGGUCGCUGCUAUCAGAGAUGGCAUUUUGGUCCAGCACUUCGGUUUUUACUUCUAAAGUGCCCCGGAAGAUCUUAUUCAUGUUCACCCUGUCCCUUUCUGUCACCUAUCUGUUCUAUAGCUUGAUGAGCUGUUACAACUCCUUCCAGUUCCAGGAGAACUACGUCUAUCAGGGGAGGCUCGUGACAGAGGAGACAACUUUUGUUACGCUGAGGGAGAAACUUUACUCGACCUCUUCCCAGGUCUACCUCGACGAGGAGUUCGUCGAGAGGACGGCCACAGAGCAAACCAUCGCCGUCUCGAGCGUUAGAAAUAGCGUGGGGAUCGACGAGAGGACGGCGGGAUGGGUGCGAGCUCAGGCGGCUACUACGCGCUCCGCCGCCGCCGCUGCUCCUGGAGAGCCCCCGGAAUUCAGCACCACGGACAGCGAGCUUCGGAGAGCGGUGAACUGCACCUCGGAUUACGGGGUUAAAAAAUUGCCCCAAGCCAUUAUAAUCGGAGUGAAGAAAGGGGGGACCAGAGCUCUGCUGGAAGCUUUGCGGGUUCAUCCCGAUGUGCGAGCCGUUGGGAAUGAGCCGCACUUCUUUGACAGGAACUACGAGAAGGGGCUGGAUUGGUACAGGUGCGCCCUUCACGUUUCUCUGUUGUGUUGUUUAUGGGUCAGUGACAGAUAA